GAACAAUCAAGAAUAUGUUAAUUAAUUGUUUUAACUGAUCAUGAUUGUUAAUUAUGUAUUAGAAAUUUCUUGAUAUGGGUUUAAAGGUCGAGGAGCAAAUAAGAUGAUUUAAUUUUUUUGGGUUUGACUGAUUAUUAAGUCAACUAUUUGAUUCAUGUUUAUUGUUAUGGGGUUGAAGAUGGCAGAAGUAAGAAAGUUGUUUUUGGUUUGACUGAUCAUUUUGUAAGUUCUUGAUUGAACUUUUCUUGUUAUUUCUUGGUAUGGCUUUGAGAGAUAGUGAUACAAAUAAUGGGACUUUGAUGAUCUUAGUCAACUCUAAUUUAAUCUUUUUCCUGAUAUGGGUGUUUAUCCUUGUGGUUUGUUUUGAUGUUCUUUGAGUUUUCUGAUUGACUUUGAUGGUACUUUUCAUUUGCUUUAGUUCUUGAGAGAUUGUAUGGUGUGAUGAUCAGGUUUUUUUAUUGGGAUUCCAUGUUUUUUUGUUCAAAAGUUAUUGCCUUGUUUAUGCUGUUAAUUGUGGGAAAACUUUCUUCAAUUCUUUUAUAUUUAGCAUAUCGUUGUCUUCUAAACAUCUAUGAAAUUCUUUUUUUGAACAAUACAAGUCAAUGAAAUUCUGAAGGAUGACCAUGAGGUCAUGGGUAAAGUUGGUGCCAUGUGACCAGGAGGUCACCGGUUCAAGCAAUGGAAACAGCCUCUUGCAGAAAUGCAGGGUAAGGCUGCGUACGAUAGACCAUUGUGGUCCGGUCCUUCCCCGGACCCCGCGCAUAGCGGGAGCUUAGUGCACCGACUGCCCUUUUUCUUCUUUGGGGGGGGGGGGGGGGGGGGUUGUUAUGCAAAAGGUAUAGUGAUGGUUUUCUUACUAUCAGAAAUCAGCACUAUUUUUCUUCCAAGGGGAAAUUAAUGAACUUUCAUAGAUUACUCUUGUGGGUCGUUUUAACAGAUUAGAUGAGGUACAAGUAGUUUUAGCUGUCAAUGAACUGUGGAAAUCUCCAAGUCAGUUAUUCGUACCACAUGUAAAAUGAAUAUGAGUUUCUCCACAGGUCAGAAGUUUUAAACUUCGUUGUACUUGAAACUUCAGAGAUUGUUGUAGUAUGCUUUGAAAAACAGCUUUAAGUUCUGACUUGACCUGUUAAAAGAAAUAAUUCAUUUUCUAUCAUUUAACUUCUUUAAACAUACCUGGUUGAUACUAAAUAUUAGUAUAUGGUUUGACAGAAUUUGGUGGUUAGUGUAACUAAUGGAUGUAUAUUCUGGCAAAAGAGCUAAAAAUGGGCUUGUCGUGCCUAGAAGAGGUUUAAGGGAUACUGCUGAUAACAGGGACGAAAAUGUUAAGCUAUGCUCGCGAAUUGGAUGCAGUGGCCGGCUCAACCAUUCGAAGAGCAGCUGUGUUGGAACUAAAGAGAAACCCAGAUCAUUUAGGCCUACUUUUAAUUCUUCAAAUGGGAAGGAUGUGGUUGGGAGUUCAUCAGGGACAUCUUCAGUGCUGAAUAAUGUAAGAAAGGCACGCGAGGCAUCUCACAUUAAGUCUUCCUCUCAAGUUGGAAAUGAUCAAUCAGAAAUUAGUUCUUCGGAUGGUGGAUCAAGCAAAGCUAGAUCAACAGAAGCAGGCUACUCUAGUGGAACAUCCAGCAGUCGACCUCGUAAAAUAGUUAGUCACAAGUCUAAAGCCAUCGAUUCUGAAAAACAGCCCUGUAGCAGUGGGGCUGGGUUUGGGUUGAGAAAUCUAAAAUGCAAUUCCACAUCGGAUGUCCUCCCACAUAAUUGUUCAACGUCACAAUCAAGAUUUAAUAGAAGGGACAUGGUAAAAAGGAGAUACACAGAAGGUGAAAGCAGUUCAUCUGGUAAAGGGAAGAAAAACACCGAGGCAUCACUAAGAGAAAGACGUGUCACUCGUCCUACUCAUGGAAUCUCCAUCUCUGAGUCAAGAAGUGGCAGAAAUUUUGAUUAUAGUGUGAAUAAUCCUUCUGUUUCAGCUCAGACCGGAAGGUCAAUGAAUGUGAAUUCUAGGUUUAGGGGUCCUGUACAGGAUUCAUUGCAAACUUUACAUCGGCCUGAAACACCAGAUCUCAAUCUGCAGUCGUCAAGUCAAUUGUUCACAGAUGGCUCUUCAAGUGAUUCUAGUGCUUAUAGUUUUCCUGGUAAUGAUAUUGAUGAUUUACCCAGUUUAAUGCCCUUCACUUCUGCAGAACUAGGCAUUAACCGAUUAAUGAACCGCGAAGCCUUACAACGAUAUAACAUGGAUGGAAUUGCUGAGGUAUUAUUGGCACUGGAGAGAAUUGAACAAGAUGAAGAGUUAACAUAUGAGCAGCUGCUUUCAUUGGAGACGAACUUGUUGCUUAGCGGCCUUAACUUCUAUGACCAGCAUAGGGACAUGAGACUGGAUAUAGAUAGCAUGUCCUAUGAGGAAUUACUAGCUCUAGAGGAGAGGAUGGGCACUGUUAGCACAGCUCUGCCAGAGGAGGCAUUAUCCAAGUGCCUUCAAAGAAGCAUUUAUCAAGGCAUGCAUUCGGAACUAGGGACGUUUGGAGGUGAUGAGAAUGAAGAUGAGAUCAAAUGCAGUAUUUGUCAGGAGGAGUAUGUGGUUGGAGAUGAAACUGGCAAGUUAGAGUGCAAGCAUGGUUAUCAUAUGGAAUGUGUACAACAAUGGUUAAAGCUCAAGAAUUGGUGCCCAAUCUGCAAAGCAUCAGCAGCACCAUCUUAGUUCAGAACAAUUUAGACACCAUCUUCGACGAAAAAAAUAAAAAUAAACUUACCAUCUUCGACGAAAAAAAUAAAAAUAUACUUACUCCAAAAUUCCAGACGUGGGGAAGCUGAAUGGUUUCCUUACUGUACAAUUUCAUCUGGAUAGGUGGUUCUAGCAUUUUAUUUUUCUCCUUGUUCUUGUACAUUUUGUGGUUCACUUUCCAUUUUUUCACUUGUAAAUAUUUGACAUUUUAAGCAAUAAGCUCAGGUUCUUCUAAGAA